UAAUUUCUAGAGAGGGAGAGGUAGGAAGGAGAUAGGCAAGAGCUGACACCUAAAGAAUGAAUUUUUAGAAACUUUUGCUACUUCAGCAUCAGCCAGCUGCCAGCCCACACACUCAGCACCAGCCUUGAUUCACCCUGAUUUAACUAUGCCAACACAUUUUUUCCUGUCAGGAUUUAAUUCAUUUUCAAAAGAAGAACUUUCUUGUCUCGUCUUCGUCCGGAUCAAUUUCUGCUCUUCCUUUUCUUGUUGGUGACAAAAAAUGAAAUCUUGCUUUGUCUUCCCAUGUUGAAAAAUGAAAAGAGAGUCAUAUCUCAGUCAAAUGUUGAUUUUCUGCUAGUAUAUUCCAAUUCCACCGUCUUUCGCGGCAUAGAUUAAAGUAUUAGCACAACCACUUUGCAUUUUCUUCAUUCCGGAAGCAGCGGCUGCAUUUAUGGUUUCAUCACUACGCGUUUUUAUUUAAGACUAGUGUGAGUUUUGAAACAAAGUUUGGAUUUUUUUAUUUUGGGUUUUUGUUGAGGUCUAGAGUCUAAUUGAGGGGUUGAAGUUUGGAUUUUGAGGUCUGAGCUUCGAGAAUGUCUGAAUCCGAAGCCUCAGAAAAUGAGAAGGAUCUGAGGUCUUUGGCUCUCACUCCAACAUGGUCCGUGGCUUCUGUUUUGACCAUAUUUGUUGCCGUUUCACUUCUCGUGGAGCGAUCCAUUCACCGCUUGGGAAUUUGGUUGAAGAAGACUGAUCGGAAGCCUUUGCUUGCUGCUGUUGAGAAAAUGAAGGAAGAGUUGAUGCUUCUCGGGUUCAUAUCCCUUCUCCUCACAGCAACAUCAAGCAUUAUAUCAAACAUUUGCAUCCCUUCCAAGUUCUAUGAUAGUGCGUUUGCCCCGUGCACUAGGAAAGAAGUCGAUGAGGAUACAGAAGAUAAUCAUUUACAGGAGCGUGGACUUUUGAUGACCUUCUUUGGUCAUCGCUCACACAGGAGAGUAUUGAUGGGUCUAAAUCAGAAUACUUGCUCAGAGAACUAUGAACCUUUUGUAUCAUAUGAAGGACUUGAGCAGCUCCAUAGGUUCAUUUUUGUUAUGGCUAUCACGCAUAUAUCUUACAGCUGCUUAACGAUGUUGUUAGCAAUUGUGAAGAUUCACAGUUGGAGGGCGUGGGAGGAUGAGGCUCACUUGGACAGGCACAAUUCAUUAAGUGAAAAAACCAGAGCAAUGACAAUGCAAAGACAAUCAACUUUUGUGAGAGUCCAUACAUCAACUCCUAUGCAGAGGAACAACUUUCUCGUUUGGGUGACAUGCUUCUUCCGCCAGUUUGGGCGUUCAGUUGUUCGUGCUGAUUACCUCACCCUUCGACAAGGAUUUAUUACGAACCACAACCUCACAUCAACAUAUGAUUUCCACAGCUAUAUGAUUCGUUCUAUGGAAGAAGAAUUUCAAAGGAUAGUUGGUGUCAGUGCUCCACUCUGGGGAUUUGUUGUAGCUUUUAUGCUGUUCAAUGUAAAAGGAUCCAAUCUAUACUUCUGGAUUGCACUUAUUCCUGUCACUCUUGUUCUACUUGUUGGCACAAAACUGCAACACAUCAUAGCAACCUUGGCGUUAGAGAGUGCGGGUAUAACAGGGAGCUUUAACGGACCUAAGUUUAGACCCCGAGAUGAACUGUUUUGGUUCAAGAAGCCAGAACUUUUGCUGUCCUUGAUUCAUUUUAUCCUAUUCCAGAACGCAUUUGAGCUCGCUUCAUUCUUCUGGUUCUGGUGGCAGUUUGGCUACAAUUCUUGCUUCAUAAGGAACCACUUACUUGUCUAUUUACGACUAUUUGUUGGAUUUGCAGGGCAAUUCUUGUGCAGCUACAGCACCCUGCCACUCUAUGCAUUAGUAACUCAGAUGGGAACAAAUUACAAGGCUGCCAUGAUCCCACACAACAUACGAGAGACGAUACACGGAUGGGGAAAGGCAGCUCGGAGGAGGAGAAAAAUGGGUGUCUUCACAGACGAUUCAACCAUUCACACAGAUACUAGCACAGUCAUGUCAGUCGAGGAAGAUGACGACCAUCAGUUGAUAGAUAGUCCCCGAUUCGCCCCUAAGUCAGCUGCAGAAAUCGAGCUGCAACAAACCACAGUUGCCAUCAGCGAUGAUCAAUCCCCACCAUCUGCUAAUGAGGCUUCAACUCGCGUUGGUACUCCUCUCCUUCGCCCCUCUGCUUCUGUUUCUUCCUCGGUUUCUUACAGAAUUCUGCAAGAAACGGCACCAAGAUCUUCCUCCAUGCCGCGCUAGGACGAAAACGGAUUGUUAAUACUUCUACAUGCAGUAGUUGUAAUAUAACUUUGGUAGAUUAAAGCAGAUGUGAACAAGCAGAAUGUUGUUGUAAUAGAAAUCUUCAAAGCUUAUAGAGUGAAUGAAUAGUUUAAACUCAGAAAUAUUCAAAUCAUAUAGAGUGAAUGAAUGGUUUAAACUCAUGCUUUCUUUCC